UUUGGCGAACAAAUGAUAUAUCUAUUACGUCAAUAUUUUUAAAAGUAUUAAAAAUACGAUUAUUGUUUUGAUGUUAUAUAAUGAUUAAUCAAUCCUGUUAAAAAAAGGUGUUAUUGGGCUGCAGGCCUAUUAGAUGGGCCUUCGUCAACUUUUGCUCCUUUCCAGGUCGAUUCAAUUCUUCCGAUUGCUUCCGCCCACGCCUUCGCCUCCCUCCUUGUCCCGAUAGUGCACCAGCUGCUGCAGAGACACAACAAAGGAAGAAGAGAAAAACGUUGGCUUUCUCCGCCCUCGGAAUUCCCUCGCCCUCUCUUCCUGCUGCUCGUUCCGGCGCCGAGAAGCCUUCCUCCAACUUCCUCUCCGCUCCGCAGCUCAGCCGGCCUCAGACCGCAUACCAUUGGCCACCGGCCUCUCUUCGCCGCCCCCUCCGAUGCCGUAGACAACACCCAGCAGCCCCUCGCUGCCUCCGACAACUCCCUCUUCCGUCACGUAUAUUCCGUCGCCCUUUUUAUUGGACAAUUCACCAAAUUAUUGGAAUUGUUGGGAGAAAUGCGCCUCAAAAUCCAAUCUUUUUCAAUAUCGAAUUCUCAAGCAGUGGUGAGCCGGGAUGAAUCAUUGGUGCUGUACGAAGACAUGGUUUUGGGGCGCGUCUUCGAAGAUAUGUGUGCACAAAUGUACUACCGGGGCAAGAUGUUCGGCUUCGUCCACCUCUACAAUGGACAGGAGGCCGUCUCCACCGGCUUCAUCAAGCUCCUUGAGGCCCGGGACAGUGUUGUGAGUACUUACUGUGAUCACGUCCACGCCGUUAGCAAAGGUGUGCCGCCUCGCGCUGUCAUGGCCGAGCUCUUUGGCAAGGCCACCGGAUGCUGCCGUGGCCAAGGUGGCUCCAUGCACAUGUUUUCUGCGCAACACAACCUCCUUGGCGGCUUCACCUUCAUCGGAGAAGGCAUUCCUGUGGCUACCGGAGCUGCUUUCUCUUCCAAGUACUGCCACGAGGUCCUCAAGGAAUCUACCCCAAACAGGCUCGAUGUUACCGUCGCCUUCUUUGGCGAUGGAACAUGUAACAAUGGCCAAUUCUUUGAGUGUCUCAACAUGGCUCAGCUUGAGCUAUGGAAGCUGCCUAUAGUGUUUGUUGUUGAAAACAAUCUGUGGGCAAUAGGAAUGCCCCACCUCCGAGCAACUUCUGACCCGGAGAUAUGGAAGAAGGGACCGGCUUUUGGCAUGCCCGGGGUGCAUGUUGAUGGCAUGGAUGUAUUGAAGGUGCGGGAGGUGGCAAUAGAAGCAAUUGCACGGGCGAGAAGGGGUGAAGGACCCACGCUUGUUGAAUGUGAAACAUACCGAUUUAGAGGGCACUCUCUAGCUGAUCCUGAUGAGCUCCGGAAGCCAGACGAGAAAGCAAGUUAUGCUGCAAGAGAUCCUAUAACAGCCUUGAGAAAAUACAUUCUUGAUAAGGAACUUGCAAGUGCAGCUGAGUUGAAAAUCAUUGAGAAAAAGGUUGAUGCAGUCAUUGAAGAUACUGUGGAGUUUGCAGAUUCAAGUCCACUCCCUCCAUGGAGCCAGCUAUUGGAAAACAUUUUUGCCGAUCCCAAAGGGUUCGGCAUUGGGCCUGAUGGGAAGUACAGAUGCGAGGACCCUAAAUUUAUAGAAGGCACGAGUCUAAGUUUGGAGUCCUGUCUACCGGCAAACCAUUUGCAUCGCUGUUUGAUCCCUUCUGAAAGCUCAAUACGUCCUAAUUCUAUCAAAGUUCGUCAUGGUUAACUCUGCAUCAGUGAUAAUUGCUGUAUAUUGCAUGUUUGAAGCUUUUUUUUCUCCAUCACUUACCAAAAUGUGGUCUGUCAUGUUUCAAAACCUCCAAGUGCUUUGAGUCUCUGAUAUAGUCUCGUUGUUUCUUGACCAACUGUAGUGGUUACUGCACAUGAAUCGAAUAGUGGAACUACUAUCUCUUUUCCC